AUGGAUGGGGCUUAUUGCGUGCUGCCUCCCCCUCCUGCUGCUGCUGCUGCUGCUGCUGCUGCUGCUGCUGCUGGUGCUGCUGCUGCAGCAGCUGAUACUCCAGCAGCAAAUAGAUCCUCAUCGGCAGCUGCAGCGAGAAGGCAGCAGCAGCAGCUGCUGCAGCAGCAACAGCAGCAACAACAACUACGACAGGCCGCACUGGAGACUGCAGCAGCAGCAGCAGAUGCAGCAGCAGAAGCAGCAGCAGCAGCAGCAGGCGGAGCAGCACCAAGCUCCCCAGCAGCAGCAAGUGGGCUGCAGCGAGAGCAGCAGAGUUGGGGGGCUCCGUCUGCUGUUGAGGAUGCAGAUGAAAGUGCAGCAGCAGCAGCAGCAGCAGCAGCAGCAGCGGAAGCAGCAGAAGCAGCAGCAGCAGCAAACGCAAUGCAUGCAGCAGCAGCAGCAGCAGCAGCAGGCAGACCAGGUGCAGCAGCAGCAGAAGCAGAGGAAGACCGCGAUACAUACCGAGACACCAGCGGCUGCUGCUCUUCGAUCCCAGCAGCAGCAGCAGCAGCACAAGCAGCAGCACAAGCAGCAGCUGCUAGAGGAGCAGCAGCAGCAGCAGCAGCAGCAGCUCCUGCUGCAGCAGCAGCAGCAGACCCGCCUGCACGCACAGGCUCAGCAGCAGCAAGAGGCACUCAUUCACGGCAAGGGGCCAAUACAUGUCAGGCUGAGGCCGACAAGGUGUGGCUGGUGGUGCGUAGUCUGCGGGACUGCGGCGGCGUCCGCCUCACCGAGGGAGACGUAAUGAAGCUAGGCAGGUUUAAACUUAAGGUCAAAGAGGCCGUCCUCGAUCAGCAGCAAGCGCUGCAGGCUACAGCCAGGCAGCGUCCUCACCUGGGGGACGUGGAUGACUGCGAGACGGUGGCGCCUGAGCCUGAGAGUGUAGCAGCAGCAGCAGCAGCAGCAGCAGCAGUAGAUGCAGAGUUUGACUCGGGGGAGGAUGCGCCGCAGCAAGCAGCAGCAGAUGGCGACGAUGAUGCAGCAGCAGCAGCAGCAGCACUUGAAGGAGCAGCAGCAGCAGCUGCUGCUGCUGCUGCUGCUAACUGUCCUCCUGCUGCAGCAGCAGAGCAGCCUGUCUUCAGCCGCAUGUCGAGCAGAGAGGCAUUUGGGCCUUCUCCAGUGGCGACGCAUGCAGCAGCAGCAGCAGCAGCAGCAGCUGCUGCUGCUGCUGCUGCUGCAGCACUGCCACCAGGGUCUCCUUUGAGAGCUGUAGCAGCAGCAGCAGCAGCAGCAGGCAGCAGAGCAGCACUAGCUGGGCCCCUCUCUCGCUGUGUCUCCGAUGGCUGUCUCCUCACCCCCAAGGGCUCCGCGGUGGGGGGCGAGCUUUUCUAUGAAACAGCAGAAGCAGCAGCAGCAGCAAACCACUCGCCUGAAGCUGUUGCUGCAGCUGUUGCUGCUGCUGCUGCUGCUGCUGUUACUGCUGUUGCUGCUGCUGCUGCUGCUGCUGCUGCUGCUGCAGUUGCUGCUGCUGCUGUACGGUGUGGUUUGCUGCUGCAGGCGCCUCAGCACGGAUGCAAGAGCCAGCCGAAGGUGAGGCUGCAGCAGCAGCAGCAGCAGCAACAGCAGCAGCAGCAGCAGCAACAGCAACAGCAGCAGCAGCAGCAGCAACAGCAGCAGCAGCAGCAGCAACAGCAGCAGCAGCAGCAGCAUUCAGAAAAAGCAGCAGAAGCAGAGAGAAGAAGCGUGUGCUGCAGUUAG